UUCCUGAGAGAAUAUCGCCUGGUUAACACAUGGCCACUCCAGAGGUCAGCAGGUUAGAUGUCCUUGUUCACCUCUGAAUCAAACACAUUGAGAGGAAAAGAGAGAGAAAGAGCUUGAAUUGAGCCCAAUCUCAUGCUUCCGCCCUUUCGUUCUCUUUAUCACAGCGCUACUGUUCUCUGUGUUUGUAUAUUUUUCAGGGCGUGACUUGGAAACCGAAACGCUGCCAAGUUAACUGCCGUUAGAAUGCAUGGUGCCAGCUGAACCUUGGUCUGUGGCGAUACUCGUUCUCAGAACCUGAAUUUGAUCUGUAGUCAAAUGUAACAUCCCACACCACUCUCGUCUCCAUCUUGGCCUCUGAAACGGUCGCCUGCUCUCCGUUCUGUUCCCACAUUCGUAAGUUCAGGGCACAAUGUUCUGCAUAGCAGGGGAGAAGGACAGCGCAGAUGUCUUCCUACUAAGUGUGAACAUCGUGCUGCAUUUUUGUAAAGGAGUGUGCGGCAAUGUUUGGGAUGAGGAAGAGGAGGGGCCACAGGGGCUUAAUGAAUCAGAAAAGGUUUGAUAUCAGAUGACUCACACUGCCACUCCAGGAGCCUGUCAGGGGAUGUCUGCUACAGUUUGGGCUGGAUGAACGAGUGGGCACGAGUCAGCAGGAUGUAGUAAGUCAGACCAAUAUGAAGAGGAAGGCAUAAGAGAUUAUGGAGACAUAUUCAAAGACGACUAAAUACUCUAAGAAGGAGAACUGCUAAACAAGGACUGCGAGAGGAAUAAUAAAAAAGGUUGAGUAACCUGAUCAUUCUCCCAAAUUCCUCAGUACUGUCAACAUUUCCAUUAUUGGAGCUGGACUGCGACUCACCGAACAAACAGCAUCCUAGUGCCUAGAGGGCAGCAGGACUAUGACAACAGUGCUGCCACAGGACUCUGAACAGGAUGAAGAUCCCACAAACCUGUGGAACAUCCACUUCAGACGACAACAGCUCCAGAACCGGCUUCAGUUUCUACAGGCGAUCCAAAAGAAGAACAACAAAAUAGAAGAAUACCUCGCAAAUGAAGAGGGCCCUUCAGAACUGGACAGAAUAGAAGAGGAGUUGAAGUUACUGGAGCAAAAAGAGAAUGAUCUUAUUAAGGAAAAAAGCCAGAGUUCGACAACACAGUCCAUGGACAAAGAUCCAAUCCAAGCUCCAAUCCAAGGACUCUACAUUCUCCCAGUGUCUUCUACAGAAACUAAAUAUCCUGUCUUUGCUCUGCAAGAGGAAAACACAGAAACGGUAUCCCCUACCAUUGCUCAGAAAGAAGAAAACAUAGAAACUGUUUCACCUACCAUUGCUCAGAAAGAAGAAAACAUAGAAACUGUAUCUCCAACCAUUGCUCAGAAAGAGAAAAACACAGAGACUCUAGUAAGCCUGGACGAUGUCAGCAUGUCCCCUGCCAAAGUGAAGUGCCCUUCUUGCCUUAAGAUUGUCACCACUGAGAUCGACUAUAAACUGGGCAGCAAUGCUUUCGUCUUUUGUUGUCUCUUAUCUGUGGUAGGGUGUCUGGCUGGAUGUUGCCUGGUCCCCUUCUGUAUGAAUCGCUUCAAAGAUGUCGUCCACAGGUGUCCAUCCUGCCACAAAGAUAUCUGUUUGGUUAAUAGGAUUUGAAGCAAAAAGUAAUACGGUUAAUAAUCUGUAACAUCAUGACUGUGAAAACUUCCAGAAGACCUUGAAGCCGAGCACAGGACAUGGUCAAAAGGGAUUUGUAUCUCUUUGCUGGGGAAGUCAAUAUGUAGACUUUCAGAUGUGGCAAAACUAUAUGUACAAAUGAAUUCAACUAGCAAUUAAUAACGGUCUAAGGGGAUCUAAUGUGCUACACUAAUAUUGUGCUAGUGGCUAACAUUCAUUUGUAUGAACCACUUCCAAUAGGCUUUUAGGGUGAUAGAAUCAUAGUAAUGACUUGUAGUGGAAGAAGUACACAUCAUGUACUACUGGCUCAUUUUGAGUGUGACAUGACCAAAUCAUUGGUUUGGACUCACUCUGACCAGACUGAAUCAGAGUUGUUAACAUUUGGAUCAGUUUAAUUCACAAUUGACUCAUUCAGUGCGCACUGAAUUAAAUGGUUCACUGAAAAGAAUCAAUUCAUUCACCAAAUGACCAUCACUAUCACAUCUUGGAGUGGUUCACUAUUUUUUCAUUAUAAAAUAACAUGUUUAUCUAAAGUAUAGUGCAGUGCAUGUAAGAAAAUUGAGAAAUAGUACUUAUAGUAGGCUUACUAUGUCAUACAUAAAGAUACUCAUUUUCAUAUGAAGGUUUCUUGGUAAAUAAAAAAAAAAAAGUGUGGACAGUAACAUUGGUUUGAAUAACAAUCGGGUCCCUUGAAACAAAACUUGUUUAUCAUUGCAACAUCUACAGUAAAAUUAACUGAUAUCCAAAUUUCCAGGUUUGAGUGACAUUUGUGAUUCUAUGAAUGCAAUACUUCUUUGCAUUCAUGUAACAGUUAGAUAACCUGAAGAACUGUUAUAAGAGGAAUGCUGUAUCAAAUGUCACUAUGAAAACAAUGGAUUUAUUUUUGUACUUGAAACUUUAUCAUGGGAAACCCUAAGAUGACCCUAAA